AUGUUCAACUGGGCCAAACAACAACUGGCCAAUGUCGCCGGCACUCAGGAGCCCAUCUACGGCCCCUCUGCCAUCAAGUCGGUCGCUACAGAGACUGAAAAGACUCCCUAUACCGAGCUCGUCCGAGAUGACCUGAAGUGGCAGGCCAUGGACUCGACCUCCGUCGAGACCGAGAGCUUCUACAUAUUUGGCGACAACGGUUACAUCGCCCUUGCCCAGGUACUCUAUAGCAACGUUGCCGGCAUCCGAACAACCUGCCAGUUCAAUGCAAAGGUCUUCAACUCGGACCCUGCCAAGCCCCACGUCUGGGCCUCAUCUCCCCUUAAUAACCAUGAUUUCAACGAGGACAAGUCGAGUUUUUACGCCGACGACUGCGCUGUCGAGCUGUCUGAGGAUGGCAACUCCUACACCAUCAAGAGCAUGAACGAUCAGAACGCUAUUGUCAACCUUAAGAUCACACGCACCGCUCCUGGCUUCAAGGCCGGUGCCACAGGGACAACUCUGUACGGCACUGACAUGGAGAACCCCUGGGGAUCCAUUCGGCACGGUUUCUGGCCUCGCUGCACUUCCGAAGGUUCCAUCACCACCAAGGAUGGCGCCCUCGACUUGAAGGGCAAGACCUUCUUCGUCUACGCCCUCCAGGGCAUGAAGCCGCACCACGCCGCUUGCAAAUGGAACUUUGUUAACUUCCAGGGUCCCACCUACUCGGCAGUUAUGAUGGAGUUCACCAGCACUCCUUCGUACGGCUCAACUCUCGUCAACGUCGGAGGCAUCGUCAAGGAUGGCGAGAUCAUCACUGCGGGCGCCAUCGGCACGGCUACUCACACCCAGAUUAAGAAGGACUCGGAGAACGAGUGGCCUGAGCCAAGCGAAGUCAAGUUUACCUGGACCGGCGCGAGCAAAGACGGAAAGCCCGUUGAGGGCGUAAUCGAGGGACCCCUCGGCGAGCGAGUUGAUCGAGUUGACGUCAUGGCCGAGGUCCCGGGCUUCGUCAAGACCAUUGUUGCGGCGGCUGCCGGCACAAAGCCGUACAUCUACCAGUACCAUCCUAAGCUCUCCCUGAAGCUCAAGAUCGGCGACGAGGAGAUCGUCGAGGAGGGCAUCAUGUUCACCGAAGCCACCUUCAUCUCGUGA